UUCUUUACAACAACAACAUCAACAAUAAAGAAUAGUAAACAAAACAAAGAGCAUAGUGCAGUUACAAAUUGCAUCAUCAAGUAAAAAAAACAACAAACAAAAAACAAAGAGCACACACUCUCUACCCCACUUUAACAAUGUUACGCAGUUGUGUGUGCUUUGGCCAACGUGGUAAUCAGAAACGUCGCAGCUCCUCGUUUGAUACAUCCUCAUCGUGUCGUUCAUCGGAAAUCGAGCGGGGCGGCAAAACGGCCACCACAACAGCGUCCUCAGCAGCUGCUUAUAGUGAUGGCAGCCAGCAGAAUUCAGUGGCAAAUGGUCGUGUUGCCAACAGUUUAUUACAAUUGUUCCAAACGAAAGGUUGGUACCGAAAUUGGCGUAAACCUACCAGAGGCAUCAGCAUGACGAAAAUUGAAAUAACCAUGAAGGCUGCUUUACUUAUACAACGUUGGUAUCGGCGCCACAAUGCACGCAUGGAAAUACGCCGACGUUACACCUGGUCCAUAUUUACAAAUUUGGAAUAUGCCGGCGAACAAGAUCAAGUGGAGCUUUACAAUUUCUUUAAUGCUUUAUUAAUACACAUUCCAAAUGCUGCCGCCCAAAGAGGUGGCUCUCUAGCUUCCUCCCAAGCUUCUUCGAUAGAUCAAUUUGAUUCCAAAUAUUCCGAUGAAUCUGAUUUUCAUGAGGAAUAUGAUAGUGUUUCGGGUGCCAGAUAUAAAGGGCCACCAAUCAAAUUUCCAUUAACCAAAAAAGAUAUUGAUACCUUAAUAGAUUUGUUUCGCAAGAAAAGGUCAAAUCGUCUUCAUGCUCGCUAUGUGGGCGCUAUUUUAAGAGAAGCUUCUAUAAAACUUCGCACUUUGCCAAAUUUAAAUACAGCCUCUACGGCCAUUUCCAAACAAAUUACAAUCUGUGGUGAUUUGCAUGGCAAAUUGGAUGAUCUCUUGGUGGUGUUCUAUAAGAAUGGCCUGCCAUCUUCCGAAAAUCCGUACAUCUUCAAUGGUGACUUUGUGGAUCGUGGCAAAAAGGGUUUGGAAGUAUUCCUAUUGCUAUUAGCCUGCUUUUUAGCCUUUCCCAAUGGAGUUUUCCUAAAUCGUGGCAAUCAUGAGGAUUCAGUAAUGAAUGCACGUUAUGGUUUCAUACGUGAAGUGCAGCAAAAGUACAAGCGCAAUUCAACGAAAUUACUUAAACUCAUUGAUGAGGUGUAUCGUUGGCUGCCAUUGGGCACUGUUAUUAAUAGUCGUGUAUUGGUGGUGCACGGUGGGAUAUCCGAUACAACCAAUUUGGAUUUAAUUAAAAGUCUUGAUCGUGGCAAGUAUGUUUCAAUUUUGCGACCACCAAUUGAACAAACUGGCGGAGAGGGUAUUGACAAGGUCGAAUGGAAACAGCUCUUCGACAUCAUGUGGAGUGAUCCCCAGCACAAUGAGGGCUGUCUGCCCAAUAGUCUUCGCGGUGCUGGCACCUACUUUGGUCCCGAUAUCACCAAAAACUUUCUCGAACAACACAAACUCGACUACUUGGUGCGUUCGCAUGAAUGCAAAGUGGAUGGCUAUGAAUUCACUCAUGACGAGAAAGUCAUCACCAUAUUUUCAGCUUCCAAUUACUAUGCCAUUGGUUCAAAUCGUGGCGCCUAUAUUAAGUUAAAUCCUCAUUUAGAGCCUCACUUUGUGCAAUAUAUAUCGGCUGCCUCGAAGACACGUCAAUUAACAUUCCGCCAAAGAGUGGGUAUAGUAGAGAGUUCGGCUAUUAGGGAAUUGGGAGCUAGAUUAAGGGCUAGACGCAAUGAAUUGGAGGCGGAAUUUAAAAAGCAUGAUACCAAAAAUAAAGGUAAAAUUACCAUUUCCAAAUGGUGUGAGGCCAUGGAAAAGGCCACCAAUUUGGGUUUACCUUGGCGUUUAUUGCGUCCUCGUCUGGCUCCUUCUAGCGAUGAUUGCCCCGCUAAUGAGGUUAAUUAUUUAACCACCUUGGAGCUAUUGGAUACAGAUACUAUUAUUGAGGCACAGGAGCAGGAAACCAGUGUGGCGGAUUCUUUAUAUAAAAAUGUCAGCAGCUUGGAGGCCAUAUUCCAUAUAUUGGAUUCAGAUCAGUCGGGCUACAUUUCUUUGAGCGAAUUCAGCGAUGCCUGUGAGCUGCUCGAAAAACACUUGCCUGGCACAAAUACCCGUGAACAAUUGCUGGACAUGUGUCGCAUGAUGGACUUGAACAAAGAUGGUCUGGUAGAUCUCAAUGAAUUCCUGGAAGCCUUUCGUCUUUGUGAACAGGCCAAAAAUACCACGGGCAAGAAAGGCCAGCAAGAGGGCGGUGGAUCGUCAGAUGGAGAGGGAAAAACUGAAAAGAAUGAUAGAAAACACACAACUUCAGUGGCUUUGGAGGAGGCCAAGUUGAAAAAGCAUUUGCCGGCGGUAGAGGAAGAUGGUGAUAAUGAUGAAGAUCCAAAUGACAGUGAAACAAAUACACUUAAGCGUUAAAAGGCAAAAUUGGAAAAAAUUUAAAAUAAAACUCUUUAAAAUAGGCUUUAAGAAUCUGUUGUUUAAAAAGAAUUUUAAUAUUUUUUGUUUGUUUUUAGUUUUCUUUUUAUUUAUUCUUUGAAAUACACAACGAAGUUGUAUAAUUUUGAAAAACUCA